ACUGAUCAAUGCGUUAUUUAGUAGCACCAUCGAUGCGAGAUUAAAGCAGUUGCUUCUGAAAUCCUACUGAAUGCUUUGGAACCUGCGAUUUCAGAUAGCCUCAACCCCUGUCUCGUUCUCGCCAACUGCUAAACGAAUACGGCGAUCAAUCUCGGUUACUCAUUCUGGGCCGAGUUUAUGACUGACCGCUCCUGAACCGUUUUAAUACACGCGGAAGUGUCGGAAAUACCGACCUCAAGGUUUCUCGUCAUGUGUCCCGAGCCUAGCACUAUUGGCACACCGGCCGAUGGAGAGGAGGGAACAGCAGCAAUCGAAGCUGAGACUGAACCUGAUAACGACACCUUCUCCAACUACGCCAGCGAUGUGUCUGAGACUACUAGCACUACUUCCUCUGUGAGAAACUACGUGUACGAGAAUGGGCGCCGCUACCACUCUUAUCGGGCUGGACAGUACCUGCUUCCGAAUGACGAAACAGAGCAGGAUCGCCUGGACAUGACACAUCAUGUAUUUUCCCUCACGCUGAAUGGUGAUCUUUGCAAAACUGAACUCGACAAUCCACAAUCAAUUUUGGAUAUUGGUACAGGUACAGGGAUCUGGGCAAUGGACAUUGGUGACGCAUACCCCUCGGCAGAGGUGAUUGGGACUGAUUUGAGCCCGAUCCAGCCGGAAUGGGUACCACCAAAUGUUCAGUUUGAAGUCGAUGAUGCUACAUUAGAUUGGACAUUCCCUCCGGAUAAAUUUGACUUCAUCCACGCCCGUACGCUGGCAGGCGCAAUCCAGGACUGGCCAGACCUGGUUCGCAAGUGUUAUAUACACUGCAAGCCAGGUGGACAAAUUGAGGUCUCCGAGGGCCGUGCCAACUUCUUCUGCGACGACGACACGCUUGAUAAAAGUUCCAAGACAUGGGAGUGGCUUUCCGAAUUUCGAAGACUGAGUGAGCCUUUGGGAUUCGAUAUUGCACCGAAAUUGCCCGAUAUACUCAAAGCAGAGGGUUUUGAAAACGUCGAACUGACCCAAAAACACGUCCCCUUGGGAACCUGGCCAAAAGAUGCCAAGUUGAAGGAGAUUGGUCGAGUAUUCAGGGUACAGUUUCUAGAGAUGGCCAUCGAGGCAUAUUCCCUCGCGCUCUUCACAAGGUUUGGUCAGUGGACCAGCGAAGAGGUACAGGUGCUUCUGGCAAUGGUGAGAGCGGAGCUCAAAACGAACAAGAUCCACUUGUAUACCUAUAGCGCAUUUGUUACGGGAAAGAAACCGCUGGUGAAGGACCGAGCUGGGGAAGAUGUCGUAGCAUAGAGUCUAUAACCGCGAUGUCACGAGAAGGACGUCCCGCCCAGAGAAGAUAUUGGCAACCGUUGAAUACUAUUAUGAUUCUUAUGGCAUUCCAAGACCGGUGUUAAGAAGCUCGAUGGGGACAUGAAGUGGUAUACAUGAGUUGGCAGGAAUGAGGCUGCCGAUAGCUUAAUGCAAGACGUGAGGAGAAUUGAUUUCUGCGCUCUAUGGUAUAUUAUCGAAACAUUCUUG